CUUGCGAUAGCGUCAGCCUAAGAACUCAAAAAAAUUAUAGAUUGGACGCAGUUAAGCAAACCAUACUCUUUGUUACCAAAGUGAUCCCACCCACAAACAUAAGAUGGGAGAUUCCAAGGGGAAGAAUAAUCUGAAAACGUUGAUUGAAACGAAUGCGAAUAAGGGGAAUCCCCAGGCUGGUGAAAUAGCAGGCGCCCUUUCUCCAUCCCGGCAUCUUAAAAAUCACCAUCUUCAGAACACUUGGACCCUGUGGCUUCUGAACACCGAUCUCGGCCAGUCCUGGGAGGACAGGCUGAACCAAAUUGCCAGCUUCAGCACCGUUAAUCAGUUCUGGAGUGUGUAUUACCGUAUCGAGCCGCCAUCGAAGCUUAAAUUGGGCUCUGAUUACUCGCUCUUCAAAAAGAACAUCCGCCCCAUGUGGGAAGAUCCGACAAACAUUCAGGGCGGUCGUUGGUUGAUCAUAGUGAGAGGUACCUCCAAGGACGAACUGGAUAUAAUAUGGCUCGAUGUUAUGCUUUGCCUGAUUGGCGAGGCCUGCGAUCACUGCGAUCAGAUCUGUGGAGCUGUCGUUAGGAUUCGCAAUAAGGUCAGUAAGGUAUCCAUUUGGACUAAUGAUGCCAAGGACGAAGAUGCCAUUCUGGAGAUCGGAUACAAGCUACGCGAAGUUGUGCGUAUGGGAAACAAUAACACCCUUCAGUAUCGGGUCCACAAGAAGACCGAUUGUUCCGGCUCCGGAUCAUUAUUUCUGCCCCAAAAGUGA